AUGAGUGAACAAAGGGAAUACCUUGACGACGGAACAGAUAUGGUACAGGGCGAUGUUGAACCAAGGAAAACACCGGUGAUGGCGUCUGCUUUUGCUGCUGACGAUAGUAGUGGCAGUGAUCGCAAACAAAGUGAUGGUUCAAGAAGCCUUCUGAGUCGUUUGGGUUCUAUCAUCCCGUAUGGCGGUCUUCUGUCGACGACCUUCAACCUUGCCAGCGCUACACUUGGGGGCGGAGUGAUCAGUUUGGCGGCGGCCUUCCAAAUGAGCGGUGUUGUGUCCUCCAUCAUCUUGCUUGUGCUGGUGACGGUAUUCACGGUAUACUCCGUUGGACUGAUGAUGCAGGCAGUUGAACUGACCGGUUAUAAUUCCUACGCCGACCUCUCAAAGAACCUAUUUGGUCCGGGAUGGGAUUACUUCACUGUCAUGCUCACGUGGCUGUUUACUUUCGGCACAUGUGUGGGCUACGUCAUUGCCAUUGGCCGUCUCCUGGAGCCUGUGCUAGCGGAUCCGUCUGUUCCGGAGUUUUUCCGCUCCCAGGCCGGGAACCGUACACUGACGAGCAUGAUAUGGCUUGUGGGCAUGUUUUCCCUGUCGCUCCCGAAGGAAAUCAACUCAUUGCGCUACGCCUCUGCCGCUGGAGUUAUCUGCAUCUGCUAUUUCAUCAUCUGUAUUGUGGUGCAUUCUGCCAAAAACGGAUUUAAGGGCGGAAAACUACGUGAUGAUAUUGCGAUGUUCAAGUCUGGGAACAAUGCGAUCGAGGGCCUUUCCAUCUUCAUGUUUUCGUACCUGUGCCACAUGAACUGCUUCUCUGUCUACGGUGAGAUGCGAAAGCCGAGUGCAAAACGCAUGACACUCCACACAGCGUGCAGCAUGACCCUGUGUUGCAUCGCGUACAUCAUCGCUGGCUUCUUUGGUUAUGCGGACUUUGGAGACGAAGUGACUGACACCGUCCUUGUGUUUUACGAUGUCCGAAAUGAUCUGAUGAUGGCCAUUGCCUACGUAGGGAUCGUGUUCAAGCUGUGUGUGGGUUUCUCGUUGUGCAUGCAGCCUGCUCGUGAUUGUUGCUACUACAUCAUCGGGUGGGAGGUGAAGACACUUGCGCCAUGGAAGAAUUGUCUCUUUUGCGGCACUAUGGCUCUCUGCGCUCUGCUCCUUGGACUCUUCAUUCCUGUGCUGAACACUGUGUUUGGACUUCUUGGAAGUCUUUGUGGUGGCCUUCUAGGAUUUUGCCUCCCAGCGGCUUACCGGAUGUAUUGUGGGAAAUGGGGUCUGAAAGAGGUUGGAAUAGUGAACUACGUCUGCACAUAUCUACUCUUCUUUGCUGGUGUGGUUGCAACUGUAUUUGGUACAGGAGCCUCCAUCUACGGUGUAGCCGCGUAG